AUGCUGCCUGCGGGAAUCCAGACCAUCCGGUUCAGGAAGCCAACCAACAACUCCGCAGCCUCCAAGGCCGCCAACAUCAGCCAAGGCCGCCAAAAACUUUGUGUUCAAAGACACACUGAUUUCCAAGCAGAUCAACAGAAAUCGACCGCCAUGGGUGCCUCAGCUGUCCCCUUGUACUUGUUUCCGCACCACUGGUAUUUGGCGACUGGCUCACAUAAGCUCUAUGGGACCAAGCCAAUCCAUUUCUAUCUGCUCAACUUGCUCCUCAACUUCAACAUUGCUCUCCAUCCCCUUCUUCUUGUUCACCAGUUGGUUCUCAAAGAGCAGAAGUGUCCGCCUUGGCCAGAAACUCCGGCUCCAUCUGCCCACUUGCUGAUUGUCCCUGGUACAAGCAAUCCAAUCUACCCAGCGGAGUACGCCUAUCUGGGCCUGAACACAACCAAGCCAAUCCUAGAGGCAAUAGAGCAUGCUGAAUACACGGUCGAUCUGGGCUCCUGGUCCCGUUUGACCACCCAGUUCCACAUUUGCAACCCUAUAAUCGUCCAGUUUGUCAAGGGCCCCUUCGAAGGUAUCCUCCACGCCCAGUUCAUCUCCUCCACCAAGAAGGACCAGUUUGAUGGCCCCACCACUUGUCCCUUUAACGCAACCCCCACCCAUACUUUCAGCAAGUGGCUGUGGAGACGCGAGGGCACGCAAACCAUUGGGAGCAAGUCUGACACCCCAAAGAAGGGGGAGAUUGACCAAUAUGUCUACCUGAGACCCAACGCUCAUAUGUGA